AUGGAUGAUAUCGGACUGCUGGUUAUCGGACCAAAAUUUAUACAAGAUAUUGAUAUUCUUCUAGCCAAUGUGUCUAAGACCAUUACCAGUAAGCUUUAUGUUCGAGUUGCUGCUGAAUUAGACCUUUUUGAGGUCUUAUCGCAAGUUUAUAUGGAAGGAUCGAGAGUUUGCGACACUUUGGAUAUCCGAGUAAUUAUUGAUGAUAGUCGAGAAAGAACAUUCAAAGCAGUCAUUAGUGAAGAUAAAACUAUUGAAUGUAAUCGAACAGUUGAAAAAUCAUAUGACAGCGUCGUGCUUGGUGGUACGUUUGAUCGUCUGCAUAAUGGUCAUAAGUUGCUUCUAUCGAGAGCUGUAAUGGCAGCAUCAAAACGUAUAAUAUGUGGUAUUACUUGUGGUGAUAUGAUUAAAAAAAAGGUAUUAUGGGAAUUAAUGGAAUCGUUUGAAGAAAGGGCAAAAAAUGUGCAAAAGUUCGUGGAAGAUAUUAGCUGCACUGUUCGUUGUGAAGUUCAUCCGAUUAUGGAUCCGUAUGGUCCGUCAAUCGUUGAUCCUGACUUGAGAGCAAUUGUUGUCAGUAGCGAAACGGAAAAAGGUGGCCAUGCAGUUAACGAUAGGAGAAAAGAGAAGAAUCUUCCAGUUCUUGAUUUAAUAAAAAUAAAUUUAAUCGAUGGAAAGGAUGAAUUAAUAGGAGAAUAUAAGUUGAGUUCAUCUACACGACGUCGAGCAUUACUGGGGACGUUUCUAAAGCCAUUCAAAUUUGAGAAGUUCCCUCAACCAUUUGUUAUUGGUUUGACCGGUGGUAUCGCAUCUGGAAAAACGGAUGCUGCAAAUUUUCUUUCUGAAAACGGUUGUGAGGUGGUAAAUUGCGACAAAUUAGUUCAUGAACUUUACGAGAGAGAAACUAUGAUAGCAACAAAUAUUGCUGUAAGAUUUGGCGGCAGUGUUGUACAAGAUGGUCUGGUCGACAGAAAAAAAUUAGGAACGAUCGUUUCCUCUGAUAAAGAAAAACUCAGAAUGUUGAAUGAUAUCCUUUGGCCUUCUUUGAAGAAUAAGGUCAAAGGAAUCAUUGCACAAAGCAAAGCUGAAUUUGUUGUUGUUGAUGCGGCAAUACUUCUGGAUGCAGGCUGGGAUACUGAUGGAAUAGUGCAUCAAAGCGUAUUGUGGAUCGAAACCAUAUUACACCCGAAGAGGCAGAAAAAACAAUCUAUUCACAAAUGA